UCCUCCUCCCCCCCGCCGCCCCCGCCCCAACUUUUCUUCUUGCAUGAUUUCCCUCGCACGGAUUUGCCACUCGGAUGUUGUUUCCUCGGGAGCCGAGCUCGGAGCCACGUUGAACCAGCCUUUUCCUCCAGUGCUAUGACAGGCAAACUACUGGAGAAGCUGCCGGGGACCAUGAACACUUUGAUGAACCAAUUGCCUGACAAUCUGUACCCAGAGGAGAUCCCCAACUCUUUGAAUAUCUUCUCCAGCACCAGCGACUCGGUGGCUCACUACAACCAGAUGGCUGCAGAUAAUGUUAUGGACAUUGGCUUAGCGAACGAAAAGGCCGGUCAGGAAUUGUCCUCCUACUCGGGCACUUUUCAACCCGCCCCGGGCAACAAGACUGUCACCUACCUGGGGAAAUUCGCUUUUGACUCGCCCUCCAACUGGUGCCAGGACAACAUCAUCAGCCUGAUGAGCGCCGGCAUCCUGGGGGUGCCGCCGUCCUCGGGCGCGCUCACCAGCACGCAGAGCUCGGCGGGCAGCAUGGGGCCGCCGCAGGGCGAGGUGGACCAGAUGUACCCCGCGCUGCCGCCCUACUCCUCCUGCAGUGACCUCUACCCAGAGCCCGUCUCCUUCCACGACCCCCAGAGCAACCCCGGCCUCACCUACUCCCCCCAGGAUUACCAGGCGGCCAAGCCCGCCUUGGACAGCAACCUCUUCCCCAUGAUCCCAGACUAUAACCUCUACCACCACCCCAACGACAUGGGCACCAUCACGGAGCACAAACCCUUCCAGAGCUUGGACCCCAUCCGCGUCAACCCGCCCCCCAUCACCCCGCUGGAGACCAUCAAGGCCUUCAAGGACAAGCAGAUCCACCCGGGUUUCGGGGGGCUGCCGCAGCCGCCGCUCACGCUCAAGCCCAUCCGACCCCGCAAGUAUCCCAACCGGCCCAGCAAGACGCCGCUGCACGAGCGGCCCCACGCCUGCCCGGCCGAGGGCUGCGACCGCCGCUUCUCCCGCUCCGACGAGCUCACCCGUCACCUCCGCAUACACACGGGCCACAAGCCCUUCCAGUGCCGCAUCUGCAUGCGGAGCUUCAGCCGCAGCGACCACCUCACCACCCACAUCCGCACCCACACCGGCGAGAAGCCCUUCGCCUGCGAGUUCUGCGGCCGCAAGUUCGCCCGCUCCGACGAGCGCAAGCGGCACGCCAAGAUCCACCUCAAGCAGAAGGAGAAGAAGGCCGAGAAGGGCUCGGGGGUGCAGCCCCCCGCCGCGCCCCCCGCCGCCACCGCCACCACCUCGCCGCCCGUCGCCCUCGCCCCCGCCGUCACCACGUGCGCUUGAGGGAUUGUGGGGGGCGGCGCGGUGGCACCCCUUCUCCUCCCCUUGCCCUCGGCACCGCUCCGGGGGGAACCCCACGGUGUUCAGGAUACCGGGCUUGCGCUGCGACGGGUCCGCUCUGCCCGCACCCGGAUUGACCGGGUCCAGGCUGCCCGCACCUGGAUCCCGCCUGCACUUGGAUCGAUGGGACCCGCACCGCCCGCGCCCGGAUUGCCCGGACUCUGCGCUGCCCGCGCUGGGAUUGCUCGCAGCACCCGGAUCCCGGCUGCCUGCUCCUGCACCUUCCACGUCCCGGCUGCUUCCACCCGCCCUGCCCGGGCCCGGGCCGCCCGCCCUGCCCGGAUCCCGGCCGCCUGCUCCCGCACCUCCCGCAUCCCGCCCGGGGCCGGGCCGUCCGCACCCUCCUUGCCCGGCUCUCCCGGCUCCUGGAUUACUCGCACCGCCCGGAUCCCGGCUGGAUUGCCCCAUCCCGGCCCUCACCCGGCACCUCCCGGCUCGGGGCUGCCCCGGCGGCCGAUCCCGGGGAUGCUCCCGGCUCACCCGGAUCCCGGGGCUCGGUCCGGGUGGCUGCUCCAGGAUCUGCCCCCACCCCGGUCCCGUCCUGCCCGGCUGCCCCGGGGCUGCGCGCUCCAGGAUCCGUGAGGGAUGGAUGGAUGGAUAAAGGAUGGAUGGACGGAUGGAUGGAUGGAUGGAUGGAUGGAUGGAUGGAUG